CAGACAGACAUCCCUGUCGCUGUCGUAAUUUCAAUGAUCACUUGAAAAUGACAAAUCGUGGUGUCGUCGUAUUCCAUUCUAUUGUGUCUUGUUAAUACCCUCAUUGUUUCGAGUAAAACUCCAAAUAUUUUGCCAUAUUCAUUCUAAUUUAUUCGAUGACAUUUAUUUUAAUAUAGUUCAAUACAUUCCCGAUGAGUUCGGGAGAGACAGUUAAAGUGGAAACAAUUGUUGAUAUUGAUGGAAAAAGUGUAUUUUCUUUACCGUGCAGUGAUAGUUCUGUAGAAGAUAUUAAUUUAACGCCCGAAGUAAAUUUACAAGUUACAUUGGAUACGUCGGGUAUGAAUAGAGAGUCACAGCCUUUGCUGGGAGGGCUUGAUGUCUCAUAUAAUCAAUUCCCAGAUGAUCCACAAUUUAGUGAACUAGUUUGGCAAGCUGAAGUAGCCAUUGAUAAUGGAAUAUUCCCUGAACGAAUUUCACAAGGGUCUAGCGGAUCAUAUUUUGUUAAGAAUCCAACCGGAAAAAUCAUUGGUGUAUUUAAACCAAAAGAUGAAGAGCCAUAUGGUAGACUUAAUCCAAAAUGGACUAAAUGGAUGCAUAAAUUAUGUUGCCCAUGUUGUUUUGGACGUGCCUGCCUUAUACCAAACCAAGGCUAUUUAUCCGAAGCUGGUGCAUCGCUUAUUGAUGCUAAACUUAAUCUUAAUAUUGUACCAAAAACAAGGGUUGUCAAGCUAGUAUCGGAAACAUUUAAUUAUCCAAGAAUAGAUAGACAAAAAGCACGUAUGAAACGUGCAAUUAUGGAACAAUUUCCAAAUGUCGGAUUACGUUUUAAUCGUAUUGGUUUACCGCCAAAAGUAGGAUCAUUCCAAUUAUUUGUAGAUGGUUUUAAAGAUGCUGAAUACUGGUUACGCCGUUUUGAAAAUGAACCGUUACCCACAUUAUUAGCACAUAAAUUUCAAUUACAAUUUGAACGUCUUGUAAUCCUAGAUUAUAUAACACGUAACACCGAUCGUGGUAAUGAUAAUUGGUUGAUAAAAUACACACAACCAAAUAUUAUACCACCACCAACAGCGGUAUCAACACCGAAUGCUGUGCCAGGUAGUGUAGGCGAUGGUGACGCUGGAGGAGGUGCAACUCCAACAUCAAAUAUUGUUGAAUUAUCUGAUGCUACCGUACGUUUAUGUCAUAAUAAUAAUUCUAUGGACCAUCAUCCUCCCAUUCCAUCAAUAUUUGUACCAUAUGUUGAUAAACAAGUUUAUUUUAAUCGAACACGGAAUCAUUGGCAGACUAAAAAUGUAGAGGAUUGGAAUAUGGUUGUGCUACCAGAAAUAAGUAUAGCCGCAAUUGAUAAUGGUCUAGCAUUCCCUUAUAAACAUCCAGAUAGUUGGCGUGCAUAUCCAUAUCAUUGGGCAUGGUUAUCAUAUGCAAAAAAAUCAUUUAGUCGUGAAAUUACUGAACAUAUAUUACCAUUGAUUUCGGAUCAAAAUUUUGUACAAGAUUUAUGUGAUGAUUUACAUGUAUUAUUUAAGCAAGAUAAAGGUUUUGAUAAGCAUUUAUUUGAGCGACAAAUGAGUGUAAUGCGUGGACAAAUCUUAAAUUUAACUCAAGCGUUAAAAGAUGGCAAAUCCCCUGUACAACUUGUUCAAAUGCCUGCUGUUGUUGUUGAAAGAUCACAUGGUACAACGACAUCACGAUUUUUCUCAUUUACACAACGUUUUCAAGAUAAAAGUCCAUUCUUUUCAUGGUGGUGACAAGACGAUAGUUUUAAUUAUUGGUGUUUACUAAUAAAUUUAUAUUUUCAUAUAAUAUUACGGGUGAUAUUAAACAAAAAUAUCAUUUUAAUAGGUUGUUGUGCAGCUGCUGCUACAAGAGCUCUCAACAUAAUAUGAAUCGUUAGUCGUUAGGGGCUUGCGAUUUAACGAUUAUCCAAUUAUUAUUAAUAAUUAUAAUCAAUUAUUGCAAUUUAACAAUUUACAUUUAAAACCAAAAGAGAAAAGGCAUUAUUUUAAAACUAAAUAAAUUAUAUUAAAUUCUCUUAAGAGGCGAUGUAGCUUUUUUGUGUAUCUUUCUAAUUAAGAUGCAAGCAAAAUAAAUCAUUUUGUAAAUCAAACAAGGCUGAGCCUGAGGCUGAUUAUGUAGGAAAUUGUUAUCAAAGUAAGUUAAUUUUAUUUUUCUCGACUGUCUAUAAAACUAAAACUUACAAUGAUGUUUUAUAAAAAAUUUUGCAUGUGUGUUUUGAAACUCAAUUAAUGCAUCAGUGAAGUUUGUUAGUUAAAGAGCUUUAAAAGUGUUUCUUGUAACAUUACAACAUAUAGAAAAUAAUUAUGUUCUUGUAUAUUUAUUGUAUGUUUUUCACGUGAUAUAUUUUAUAGGAUCAAUUCUUUAUAAUUUAGAACGUACCAAACGUAAUAUCUUCCACAAGGUUAAUAUUAGUUAUUUUCUUUGCAUUAGUUGUAUUAAUAUACUUUUAAAUAUCAACUUUCAUAUGAAAUUUGAGUAACAAUUUUCAAUAUUUUAAAAUUAUUUGUUAUAUACCUAAUGAAAAUUGAAGAAAAAUUUGGGGUUCAACAAAAACCAUAACGACUAUUAUUUUUAUUUAGCUUCAAAUCACCCAAGCCGAAAUGUAGUGGCGUAACUACUAUCAAUUUAGAUGUGUUCCUCCGAGAAAAAUGGGCCCCUCUCCUCUAUUGGUGCCCCUCCCCCUAUCAAUUUCAUAAUUUAAAAAAAAUCGCAUUUGUGCUCUUAGUUAAGCUGCUGAUAGUUAAGCCACUGUCGAAAAGGUUUGAUAUUGAUUAGCCUGAAAUGUCUUGCAUUUAUUUUAAUUUAGUCAAUAUUGAAAAAAUUCCUGAGAUAUCAGAGAUUCUUUCAUAGAAAUAAUACAAUAUAGCUGAAAAAUUGUCGCCCACGCGGUUGAUCGCAGUAGAGAGAAACCAAAUCAUAUAGGCGCGUAUAGUUGUCUUCGAUGAGACAGAGAUAGAGAUAAGACCAGUAUAUAGAAAUAUAUUAAUGUAUAAAUGCCUAUAAGUUGCUGUUUCUCUGCUGGUCAAGAAUUCAAUUAUUGCGUUUCCUAUGUCUUUACACCUUUAUGUUAUUAGAGGUGUAAAGAUGCUAUUAUCUCUAUGGAUUCUAUGUAUCGAAAAUUUCUUCUCCAUUUAAUGAUGUGAGUUGUUGUCAUUUAAUGAUAAGGACAACGAUCAUGUUAAAUAUGCGGUUUUUAAUCAUACAAGAUAUAUAAAUUAUAUUUAAGUAAGUGAAGGAAACAUCAGUUUAGGAAAGCUGAAUUGAUACAAACAUAUCUCAAGAAAGUUAUGAUCUAAUCGUGAAAGUCAAUAUAAUAUUCUUUUGUUAGAUAGAACUGAUCACAAAAAUAUGCAUCGCCCUUAAAAGAGUUUUUAAAUACCUAAAUGUAAGAAGUAAAUGAUUUUUAAAGUGUUAUACAGGGUGUUACACACUAAAUGCAAAUUGUUAUUAUGAGAAAGAAUUACAUUUUAAGUGAUAUACAAAAAAAAAAACUAAGCCACUAAACAUUGCCCCGUCAUUCCAUAUUUGACUAGAAAAUAAAUUUUUUUGAGUUAGCUAAAGCUUAUUAUACAAUUAAAGUCGUAUGACAUUCAUAAGAUAUUGCACUUGUGUCCGUCAUGUGCGAUCAAUAAAAAUGCGUCAUUACCACCAAAUAUAUCUGAUAAAAAAACUUAAAAACUAGGCAGGGGGUAAUAUUUUAGUGACUUGAAAGCGUAAUAAAAUAUAAAGCAUUAAGUUCUUCCC